UGUGUUUUUGCGCUUCGCAAACCGGUAGCAAUGGUGUGAGGGGAUGUGGGAGGAAGAAAUGGCUCAUCUAAGGGAGGCUACUACCACGUUUUUUUCUCUUGACAACUUCCGGUAGAAAAGCUUCGUCAUUUAGAACAACACGUCCACAGCAUGGUUUACGUGUCUGGUGGUCAGAUCCUCAAUUCUAAGUCACGAUGGCGGCUUUCCUUCAUUCCAGAUAUAUUUUGGGGAAUCAUCAAUUUCAUUGUCCUCUUCUUUCAGACAAUGAUUAAUCCCAACAUGUCCAAACGAGGUUCUGCGUAUACGUCAGACUACAGGCCACCAGGAAGUGGUCCAGGAGGGCCACCUGGAGGCCCAAGACGAAGAAUGGGUGGCUUUGGAGGAGGCGGGGGUGCACCAAGCCCACCUCCUAUGGGUGGUGGAUGAGGACGCUAGCGUGUCACCUGCAUCCUAGCAUGGUUGACACGCAAUAUAUUCAUCUCCUUUAUGCAGUGACCUUUAUUUUUAGGGAUUUCGUUUAUGUAUCACAUGAAAUUUUUGUGUGCAUUUUUAUAUAGUUUUUUUAAAGAAGUUUUUAAAGUCAUUAUUUCUUACAUGUGCAAAAUCAGAAACACUGUUUAUCAUGUUUCUAUGGGAUCUAAAAAAUGCAGAGGUAUUAUUAUCUUCACUAAUUCUAAAAACCCUCGUCUGCAUCUUUGUCCCAGGGUACGAUAUUUGUUCAUACAUAUUUGCCAAGUUCACAUCCCAUUGAAGUCCCAAGCUUAAAGGUCACAAACCAAGCAUUUGCUGUCUGCAGUGUAGCACUGUUUGCUGCACAAUAUGAUGGGAGAGCUGUAAAGCCUUGGUCCGGCACUUCCUGAACAGCCACAGCAUUUGCUGGGAUCUUUUAUUUUACUUUUUGACUGUCCCAACUCUCUCUCUCUGUCUCUCUUGUACAUAGGUAAAAGGGAAGGUUCAUGCAAAAGACUUUGCACUCACUUGUAGGAUAGGAUGCUAUUCGCCUUGGUCUUAGACUAGGUAACAUAGGCCUAGUCAAAAAGCUAUCUGCAAAGACCUGAGUUUGGCUGUUGACACUUGAUGUAUAACUGAGUGUUUGUUUGGGAAAUGAAACCUUAUGAUGUUAAAGUUUUCUGCUAUGUUUAAAUGUAAGUACACAGUGAUUUCCUUGAAGGACUGUAAAAAGUUGUUAACGUUUUUAGUGUCUGUUGUGAUAAACUGAUGUGCAGUGAAAGGAUGUAUGUGUCUGUUGACUUCAGUGUAAUGGAAAGAGCAGCUAGGUACUUGGCUAUAUAAAUUUAACAUUUUUAAUGUAUGCAAUGUAUGAUUCAUUAUUCAUUGUUUAUUAUUUAUUUUAUUCACUUGUAUGUGCUCAUACAUUAAGCUCAUUUCGUGGUUCUCUUUUAAUUACUAAAUUUUGUCAACAAGAGAACCGCUACUUCAAGAGUAAUUAAAAUUGAAAAUCUUUGGCAAAUGGUUUCAUAGCGAGAGAAUUUCUUUAUGCCAUUCUUGUUUGAACACUAUUAAAUCUGAAGUUCAUAGUAUUUUACAUUUGCAACUACAUUUGCAGGUGAAAAUUCUAGCUUUUCAGAUAUUCUGACAAGUUUUCAUGGUCCUGGUUAUUUGCUUAUACUAGAGUAGAUGGUCUUCUGUGUACUGACAAAUGAAUACCAAAUUAUGCACUCCAUUUGGAUUGGCCAGACCUAAUAUUUAUGUGCUGUUGUAGACAGUGACUGAUGAUCAUGUGAACAAAUUCUUGCUUUUGCACAAGCACAGUAACUUUAAUAAGAAAAAUAUUCUCUAUGCUUAAGGUUGUUAGUUUGUGUAUUAUGGGGUAAAGUGCCACAGACAAGUAAGGGUGAUCAGAAAAAUGACCGUUUACUUCCUUAGGCUAAUUAUUCUAAAAUAUAAAGGUCUUAAGCUAAUUGCCAGAAACAUCAAAAGUAUACUAUUCCUAAACAGCUCCAUACUUUAAUUUCAAUGAUAUUUCCAAAGAUUCUGAGCAAGUGUCCUCUCGAAAAAUAUUUCUAAAAAUCUUGUGAUUACUACAAAUGCCCAAUUGGCUGUUUGUUAAGAAGUGAAUUUUGAUAUGGGUGCAAUGGACACAGCUGAUCUUAUUCUGUAGAUUCACAAUGAAGAAUGAAAUGAAUCUUUGGAUCUUCGUGGUUUAUGAAUGUUGAUUGCAAAACAUUGUGUGGAUGGUGAGAAUAAAGUAAAUCUGAUGACUUGUU